CUGUAGUGCACUGACAGCCUGCUUAGCUGUCAUCACGCUUCGCCACAUCUAACGCUCGCUAUCUAAAUGUGUUAAUGCGAUGAACCGGGAGUUUAUUGAUCAUGGCUAAUCUACGGAUUUCACUGGCCAUCGCAUUUGUUCAGGCUGUCCUGUACAGGACUUGUGAGGCUCUGUGGUGUAACUGCACCACCGCCCAGUGUGAGAAGACUGGAUUCCAGUGUGAGACUGAUGGAGCCUGCAUGGCUUCUACUUCCAUCAUCGAUGGCCAAGAGCAGCACAUCCGUAUCUGCAUCACACGGGACAAACUUGUACCUCCGGGACAGCCGUUCUAUUGCCGUAGUGCAGAGGGCCUGCUCAACAUCCACUGCUGCUACACUGACUACUGUAACAGCAUUGACCUCCAAGUACCUUCAAUUACAACUCAGUCAGGUCUGGGAGGAGGCUACGGCCCUGGUGGGACAUGGGGAUUGGUGGAACUGGUCGCUGUGAUUGUAGGGCCGCUCUUCCUGCUGUGUCUGCUGCUGCUGGUGGGUGUGUUCCUGUAUCAGUACCACCAGAGAGCCUACAGCCACAGGCAAAGGCUAGAAGUGGAGGACCCCUCCUGUGACCACCUCUACCUGACCAAAGACAGGACCCUGCAGGACCUCAUAUACGAUCUGUCCACGUCUGGUUCAGGCUCCGGUCUGCCUCUGUUUGUCCAGCGGACCGUGGCCAGAACAAUUGUACUCCAAGAGAUCAUUGGUAAAGGACGUUUUGGGGAGGUGUGGCGAGGACGGUGGAGGGGCGGUGACGUGGCGGUGAAGAUCUUCUCAUCCAGAGAGGAGCGCUCCUGGUUCCGUGAGGCUGAAAUCUAUCAGACCAUCAUGCUCCGCCAUGAAAACAUCCUGGGCUUUAUAGCUGCUGACAACAAAGACAAUGGCACAUGGACCCAGCUGUGGUUGGUGUCGGACUACCAUGAGCAUGGCUCUUUGUUUGACUACCUGAACCGCUACUCUGUCACUACUGAAGGGAUGAUCAAACUAGCGCUGUCAGCUGCCAGCGGCCUUGCACAUCUGCACAUGGAGAUUCUUGGAACACAAGGAAAACCAGGCAUCGCCCACAGAGACUUGAAGUCCAAGAACAUCCUCGUGAAGAAGAACUGCACCUGUGCCAUCGCUGACCUGGGUCUGGCUGUCCGUCAUGACUCUGCCACAGACACCAUCGACAUCGCGCCCAGUCAGAGGGUGGGCACCAAGAGGUACAUGGCUCCAGAGGUUCUGGAUGAGACUAUCAACAUGAGACACUUUGACUCAUUCAAAUGCGCUGAUAUCUAUGCUUUGGGGCUGGUCUACUGGGAGAUCGCACGCCGCUGUAAUAGUGGAGGUAUCCUUGAAGAGUACCAGCUGCCCUACUAUGACCUAGUUCCUUCCGACCCUUCCAUAGAGGAGAUGAGAAAGCUGGUGUGUGACCAAAAGCUACGGCCCAACAUCCCAAAUUGGUGGCAGAGUUACGAGGCCUUGCGGGUCAUGGGAAAAAUCAUGAGGGAGUGUUGGUAUGCUAAUGGAGCUGCCCGCUUGACAGCCCUGCGCAUUAAAAAGACGCUGUCCCAGCUCAGCAUUCAAGAGGACAUUAAAGUCUGAGCAAAGCCAGCAAAACAAGAGAAACAAGCUUUGAGCAGGACCCAGCUCCAGACUGAGAAGAAAGGAGCUAGGACUCCUACAAAGAACGCACAAAGUAAGAAAAUAUGAUGGAGAGUCGCGCUUUGUAAAAUAUUACUCCAUAGACACUCCUGCCAGUUUUGAAGCCACUUGAUUUCUGACAAACCCUACCUCGCUUACCCAGCCAAACUACCGAGAACACCUUUCCUGAAUUGUCCUCAGCUAUUGCUGCCCUACCUGAACCUCUUUGUUCCACUCUACACUAAAUAUUAACGAGGAUUUUUGGAUUUCCUGUGUGACUUGUAUGCAAUCGACAAUAGGAUAUGUAAUUAACCAGUUAACAUUUUGAUGAAGUCUUUUUGAUCGGUCAAGGAAUAGUCAACAAACAGCAUUCAAUCUAUUUGUCUUGGGACACACUGGGAAGAAGAAGUGGGAGUGUUUUUAACUUAUUUUUACUUAUUCUGUCGUUUAAAUGACUGGAUCUUGUUGUUAAUAUAUGGGUAUUUGUGAGGUUAUUUCUCUGUGCCACAUACAGCACAUAGGCACAUCACAAACUGCUCAGACAUCCUUCGAAGAGAACAAUCCAUCUGGUUCUACUACAGCUUGUGUGUCUUAGUUGUCUGCUCAUUACCAUGCAAGCAUGUACAAAACAGUCGACACACAUCGUGUAAGUGCAGCACAUUUACUUUCAACAAGGUGUUUUGAGAUUUCAGUCAGAGUCACUGGAGCAUUAGGGCAGCCUGCCAAACAUGAUUUAGCCUUUGGACCACUUGCCUAGAGCCCUUCUCAUAAUCUGUUAUAAACCUCAGGUUUUCCUUAUCAUUAAGCUUGUUUUUUUCCCUUCUGAAACUAUCCAAACCAUCUUUAAGUAAAAUGAAAUACACAUUGAGGAAUUAUGAAGCAAAAUGUGUUUCAGUAGGACUGAGGAUUACAUGUAGAAUGUUGUAGAGCAACAGCUACCUGCGACUUGAUAACUUCUCUCCUUGGUCUUCUUAGUUGACGCUCUCACUGGCUUCAACACACAUGUACCUCCAUGCACACAUGUAUUUAAGUAGUAUCAUUUCAGUAUGAAUGCAUCCACUGUCUGUUGAUCAACCCACAGACCAUAACUUCUGUCCCCCAGAUAAGCUGGUACACACAGCAUUCGUCCUUUGCUGCAGUUUGUAUAUUAACACUGUACAUUAAACAACGGUAUCCCUUUUAUUCCUUUAAUUUUUUUGUAUUGUAAGUGUUCUUUUCCCCUCCCUCGCCAAGUACAGCUACAGCACAUAAAUUACUUUUUUUUUAAGAAGAUACUUGUGAAUAUAUGACAGUUAAAUUAGAUUUUAUGUUGAUACUUUGGUGUUUUAGAUAAUUGAAUCUUUUAUACCAGCUUUUUGGUUGGUGGGAAGAAAAUCUAAGACUUCUGUACUGAUCCACUUUCUGACCUCUGAAGUAACGUUACUGUAUAUGUCAGACACACUGCUUAUGUUGACUUUCUCCUUUAGCCCUCUUACUGCAGAACACUAUGUGAUUUUUAAUCGAUGUUUCCCCUCAUGGUUCCUUUAGUUCACCACACAAUACCUCCUCAAUGUGCAAAUUAUACAUGGAUUGUUUCCUUUCUGCUAACAUUGUCAGAAAACACUGUCUCUUUUUUGUUUUCAGGAAAUAUAUGUCUUUAGCUGUACGCAGAUUCAACAGGUACUGUUUGUGUCUAGUCUUUCCCCAUGUUAUUUAUAUUUGUGUGCCGUGACUUCCUAUGAAAGCCUGAAAGGCCACAUGUGCACUACUACUGACCUCGCAGCAUUAAAACCAAAUUGUUCUCA